AUGACUGCCCAGCCAACUCCCACGACGUCCGACGCUGAGCACGUCAAGUACAUGCGACAAGCGCUGGACGAGGCUCGCAAGUCCGCACCGGUCGAAACAGCGUUUUGUGUCGGCGCCGUCAUCGUCUCUUCCUCUUCGCACCCCACCUACCCCUCCGCCGUCCUCUCCACCGGCUUCUCGCGCGAGUUGCCAGGCAACACACACGCCGAGCAAUGUGCACUCGACAAGCUGCUGUCUCCCUCGUCGACGGACCAGACGCAAUUCGCCAGCCCAGCCAUCUCGGGCGACGAGAGGGACAAGUUGCUCGACGGCGCCAGCAUCUACACGACGAUGGAGCCUUGCUCGACGCGGCUGAGUGGGAACGUGCCGUGUGUGCAGCGGAUAUUGAAGACGGGCAUCCGAAGGGUGUACAUGGGCGUCGAGGAGCCGAAGGAUUUCGUCGAGUGCGAGGGGACUAGGUUGUUGCGCGAAGCGGGACGCGAGGUAUUCGUCGUCGUGGACCCUCAAGAUCCGAGUCUGGGGGACGAGUGCCUGCGGGUGGCUCGGCGGCGGGAGUAG